AUGGCGGUUCUAGAAGAUGCUCAGGCUGCUCCCAACGCCAAAUUGACUACGAAUACUGAAACCAUUCCUGGCGCGUUCCCCGAUCCUCAGGCUGAGGAGCCUAUCGUGGUAUCGCUGAAUGACUUGUCUUUGUCCGCCGGCGUACGAGCUAGGAAGGCGGAAUAUAUUCGCCAGAGAAAGCUAAGAAUAAGGAUUGGAUCGUGGAACGUUGCAGCUCUGUCUGGUCCGGAGGAAGACUUAAAAAAGUGGCUAGUUCAAGAACCAGCUGCUCAAGGGAAUGCCACUAAGGAAGGAAAUAAUGGUGUCAUUGAUAUUGAUUGUGACAGUAGUGGGGUGGCUGUAGACAAGGGAGCGUCCGAGUCAACCGGCCAGCCAUCCAGAAACGACUCGUUCGAAACCUAUGGUGAAGGGCCAGAUCUCUACAUCCUAGGGCUGCAGGAAAUAGUCGAUGUGUCUUCUCCUACAGAGGCUUUAAGACCAUAUGUCGACCCAGGCCCCUCAGCAAAAUGGAACACUGCACUCCGGAAUGCUUUACCCUCUGGAUAUUCCUGCAUAGCGUCCCAGCAGCUCGUGGGUAUGCUUUUGCUUGUUUAUGCCGCUCCCUCACUGGCCCCUCAUAUAUCAUCAGUAAGUUCCACGAGUGUCGGAACGGGGUUUAUGGGCUAUACUGGCAAUAAAGGGGCAGUCGCAACCCGUAUCGUUAUUGGAGAGACGACUCGUUUGGUUUUCGUUAACUCUCAUUUAGCUGCGGGGGCGGAAAAGGCAAACUUAGAACGAAGAAAUUGGGAUGCGGCCCAGAUAACUUCGCGUUCAUCCUUUGCUCCCGUCGAUGAACAAGACCUUGUCUCUGGAGAGUUAAACCAGCAAUUCGGAGCAGAGGAAUUUGGGUUUUGGUUUGGUGAUUUGAAUUACCGCUUGGAUGAUAUCCCUGGAGAUGAUGUGCGGCGCCUUCUUCAUCUGCAUGUUCAAAAUGAAUUUCGCCCAGCGAAGCAGAAUACUGUUUCAAAAAGUGGUGAAGAUAGUCAAUCCGAAGUAGAAGAGCAUCGGAGAUCAUCUGAAAGUGGUACUUCCCUAGCGUCAGAGGACGGAAUACAGUUAGAGGAUAACGAUAUAGAUCCCUCAGAUGAUCCGGCCUCUCUCCUGAACACACUCUCCUCACUUCUGCCUCAUGAUCAACUCCAGGCUCAACAAAAGAGUGGCAAAUCAUUUCAUCACGGCUGGCGUGAAGGGCCAAUAACAUUUCUACCAACUUAUAAGUACGAUGUUGGGCGAAUUGGGGUAUUCGACUCCAGCGAGAAACAGCGUAGUCCAAGCUGGUGUGAUCGAAUUUUAUUUCGAACACGAUCCGAUUACUUAAGGUACGAAAGGAAAGCUAAGGAGGCGGAAGCAUCGAAGAAGAGAGAUGAAGAAAUGAGAACUCUAGGCUUGGAUAAGGCGGUUGAGGAUGAUAAUGUGCUCUUUGACUAUGAUCCGGAUCAAGAUGCUGCAGACUACAAUGUGGAAGAGGCUGAUAUGGUGGAAGAUGCAACCAAUAUCGAUGCGAAAUAUGAAAGCACUAUUUCUCUCUUGGAAUACACAUCACACCAGGAUAUCGUCUCUUCCGACCACAAGCCUAUCCAUGCUGAUUUUGAUAUUACCCUUGACGUCGUUAUUCCAUCAUUGAAAGCAAUGAUCCAUCAAGAAGUUGCACGGGAGCUGGACAAAGCCGAGAACGAAGCCCGUCCUGAUGUAACUAUUGUGGUGGAUCAGCAUUCAGAAGCCCGCCGAAACAGCUCUAGCGAUAAUACUGAGUCUACUUCGCAGCCAGAUACAGUUAAUUUUGGCAAGGUGAGAUACGAUGUUCCCAUGUCACGAAGUUUGACCCUUGCGAAUACGGGCAGUGCUCCCGCCACCUUUGGGUUCCAUUAUAACCCAUCUAUUGAUACAUCUGGCUCCCACUCGUCACCGCCUUGGCUAGACAUUCGCGUGGACUGGCCUGCCAAUAAUAGUAGCCAAGAUGAUAAGCUGCCAAAAGAAUAUACCUUUCAGCCUGGUGACUCCGCUAAUGUUCGUUUAACAUUAUGUAUAUCUGACAUUGAAUUUGUGCGGGAGCUCAAUGAGGGCAAAGCAAAAGUUGACGAUAUACUCGUCCUACGCGUGACCGAUGGGAGGGACCAUUUUCUAUCUAUCCAGGGCCACUGGUUGACUUCAUCAUUCGGCUUCUCCCUCGAGGAGCUUACUCGUAUACCAGAAGAUGGUGUCCGCGCCAUAAAUGGACCACCAAUCUCUCCUGGAGGGAACAAUUCAAACGCUCGAUCCUCUGGCCCGCGUGAGCUAUUUAAAUUAACAGAGGCAAUAGCAGAACACACAGAACGGUCUAUUGCUGAGUGGGGGAUGGUUUCUAGUGAUUCAUCUCCAGAUAAUUCUGCCCCUCCAUGGGAAGUAGACAAGAAAUCCGGCUGGCCAUUCAAUCCACAGACUUGGUCUUUAAACGAUGUCAGUGAGAGACAAAAACUGCUGGUUGGUGUGAGGGAGGCUAUUGAUACAAACACUCCUUUUUCUGAACACUUCCCAGCCAAUUUCUCGUGGAAAUAUCGCACGGAGCUACUUGCUGAGACGCUCAUUACUUUCCUCAAGUCUUUACGCGAUGGUAUUAUUACAGAGCAACUGUGGGCUGCACUAGACCAGCAACAGAAGCUCCUGCGUGAUAAGACAAGGCAACAGGAACCUUUACCCACCGAACAGAUGCAGUCAUCGAUAUUAGAAACGCUCUCCUCGUCCCCUUCUCACAGUGUCUCCUUCACCUUUCUCACUUUCAUGUUGAACCGUAUCGCCAACGAAAUCACGCCAAUAACACCUAUGCCUUCACCUACUUCUGCAACUAUACCCGGCAGGGAACAGACAGUUCCAACCGUCAUAGGCUCAGAAAAUUCAUCAGCUCCCGCUUCUCAGUCUACCCUCUUGAAUAGACAACCGUCCCUUUCAUUUCCAUUCCGGCUGCGAGGCAGGAAUAGUACGUUAUCUGGCAGUAGUGAUGCAAAUGCGCCUAAUUCGGUGUCACAGACAAACCCAUCAAUUACUAGGAGAGAGGCACUUAAUGACUCAUACGCUUCUAUCUUCGCUACGGUGAUGUUUUCUUCCUCCAUUCCAGUACCAGAAAAGGAGAAAGACCGGAAGUUAUGGGAAGAGAGGAAGAAGGGGAUUAUAGCACCCUUUUUAUGUAUUGAUACCCGUUAG